UCGCUCCACACCGUCAUGUCGCCUAGGCCGAUGAUGGCAGGGGUAGCUGUGUGCUUUAUGGGGGUCGUGCUGGGGGUGGCAGGCAAGGGGAUGCUCUAUCCCCGGGAGUCUGAGAGUAGAAACAUGAAGAACCUGGACGGGAUGUGGAACUUCCGCGCCGAUGCGUCACCCUCCAGGAACCAAGGGUUUGAACAACAGUGGUUCAAGUCGCCUUUGUCUCAGACAGGGCCUGUGAUCCCGAUGCCCGUCCCAUCCAGCUUCAACGACAUCACCCAGGAGAAGGCGUUGAGGGACUACGUAGGCUGGGUGUGGUACGACAAAGAGUUCUUCGUCUCAACGGACUGGCGCAAACACAGGGUUGUCCUCAGAUUUGACAGCGCCCACUACUACUCAGUUGUUUGGGUUAACUCGCAGGAGGUGAUGCGGCACGACGGGGGGCACCUGCCCUUCGAGGAGAACAUCAACUCCUUCCUCACGUUUGGCGGGAGUAACCGCGUGACAAUCGCAGUGAACAACACCCUGACUCCCCACACCCUUCCGCCCGGCUCUGUCACCUACAAGACAGACACCACGAGAUAUCCAGCCGGUUACUUUGUGCAGAAUGUACAGAUGGAUUUCUUCAACUAUGGAGGGAUACAUCGCCAUGUACGACUCUACACGACACCAAACACAUACGUCGACGACAUCACGAUCACCACAGAUAUCGCUGCGUCAAAAGGCGUGGUCAACUUCAAUGUUGACAGUGGAGGUAGUACCGGUGCCACCAGUGUCAAGGUGGAAGUAGUGGACAAGGCAGGGAAUGUCGUGGGCAGUGCAGACCGCAUGAGUGGCGUGAUCACGGUCACAAACCCCCAUCUCUGGUACCCGUAUACCAUGGCAACCGGCACGCCUGCAUAUCUGUAUGUAUUGAAGGUGAGCCUAGUGUCCUCGACUGGGACAGACAUCUAUCGCCUGCCUUUCGGGAUCCGCACCGUCCGUGUUACCGACUCCCAGAUACUGAUCAACAACAAACCCUUCUACUGUCAGGGCGUGGCCAAACACGAGGACUCGGAUAUAAGAGGUAAAGGCCUGGACUACGCCCUGAUCGCCAAGGACUUCAACCUGCUCAAGUGGCUGGGGGUCAACUGUUUCCGGACCUCCCACUACCCGUACGCCGAGGAGAUCAUGGACCAGGCAGACCAGCAGGGCAUCAUGGUCAUUGAUGAGAGCCCGGGGGUCGGGAUUGAUGAAGAUGAGAACUUCAGCAACAUCUCCCUUCUGCAUCACAUGGAGGUGAUGAGUGAGCUGGUGCAGAGAGACAAGAACAGACCCUCCGUGUUCAUGUGGUCUGUCGCCAACGAGCCCAGGAGUGACAAGGCUAUAUCGGAAGCUUAUUUCAGGUCAGUGAUUGGUCACACGAGGAGCCUGGAUCACACGCGACCAGUGACAUUUGUAACGGACCAAACAUAUACAAGUGACAAAGCCUUGCAGUUUGUGGACGUCAUCUGCUUCAACCGCUACUACGGCUGGUACAGCGACCUCGGCCACACGGAGCUGAUACAGCUGCAGCUGGGCACCGACCUUGACGCCACAAGGGUCAAAUACAGGAAGCCCAUCAUCAUCACGGAAUAUGGGGCGGACACUAUCCCAGGACUACAUGGGGAUCCAUCAGUCUCGUUCACCGAAGAGUACCAGGUGGAAUUCCUAGAGGAGUAUCACAAACUCUUCGAUGCCAAGAUUGGCAAGUACCUGGUUGGUGAAAUGGUUUGGAACUUCGCCGACUUCAUGACAGUACAAGGACUCCAGAGGGUGGUUGGUAACAAGAAAGGGCUGCUGACUAGGCAACGACAACCCAAACGCGCAGCCUUUACCCUGCGCAGCAGAUAUCUGGCCAUGGGGAAUAUAACCAGUCCCACGCCCACCGUACCAGGUUUACCAGUCAUCGGCUAGUGACCACAAGUUGCCGUAAAACAAACAUGUAAAGAAAUUGUUGUAAUAAAAGAUAAUAUGAAGAACA